AUGAAAAAGCAGGGAUGGAAGAUAGAUGCUUGGUCCUGCAAGGCCUUUCUUAUGGCCUUGAGAGCGUCUGGCGAGAUGGAGACGGCUUUGGAGUUUUUGCAGACGGUGCUGGAAUUGGGGCUUGAGGCGACGCCCCAUUAUAUGGCCAUCAUUGUUGAUGGGCUCUGCUCGAAAGGCGAGAUAAAGAAAGCUAUUGAGUUUUCUGAUGGCAUGAGUGCUAGAGGGUUCAAGGCCAAUAUCUUCUCUUCUAAGUCGUUAAUGGAGGCUCAUUGCAAGAAUGGAGAUAUUGAGAGGGCCCUCGAGGUCCUGGGUUCAGUGGUAGACAACGCUGGCGUCCAAAGGAAUGUCGCAACUUAUACCAUUCUGAUCAAUGCAUUGUGCAAUUCAGGCAAGAUAGAUAAAGCUGAGGAGUUGUUUGACGACAUGAAGAAGAGGGGGAUGGUUGGGGAUGUCUAUGUCUAUACUUCAAUGGUCCAUGGAAAUUGUAAGGGUGGCAACAUAAAGAGGGCAUUUGCUCUGCUUGAUGAAAGCAUAGAUGCAUUGACACCAAAUGCUCAUACCUAUGGGGCACUGAUCAAUGGUUUGUGUAAUGAGAUGCAAAGAAAGGGAAUUGAUUCCAAUCAGAUUAUACUCCACACGAUGAUUGCUGGGUAUUGCAAGGCAGGAGAUAUUGAUGAGGCCUUCAACUUGAUGGCUAACAUGGAAAAGAAAGAAAUCAAACUGGAUGUUUAUACAUAUAGUACAAUUAUGAGUGGGUUAGGAAAGUUGGACAGGUUUGAAGAGGCCAAGAGGCUGUUCUAUGCUAUGGUUGACAAAGGGAUUUCUCCAAAUGCUGUGAGCUAUACUACUUUGGUGGGCAUUCACUGCAAAGAAGGGAAUCUAGAUGAGGCCAUGAGAGACUUUCGUGAGAUGGGCAGGAAAAGUAUCAGGCCUACUGUUUGCACUUACAAUACUUUGAUUGAUGGGGGUCCCCCAUAA